AUGGAGCAUAUGGGAGCUGAGAGACAAUGGACCUCACUUAGCGGAGUACAUACAGCUGAGGAGGCAGAUUUCAUGGCUAUGUUGCUCAGUAAUAGUAGCUCUGUUGCUUAUCAUCUAAGUGGAACACUACCACCAUUGUGGUCUGGCCAUGAAUCACCAAUGAACAUGGCCAGCAGCAACUAUGGAGGUUCCCAUUGCUCUUUAGAAAUAUCUAACUUUAAUUUCUACAGUACUUUCCCACAAGGGAAUAUUGAUUAUUAUAAUAAUAAUAAGAAGAAUAAUGAACAAUUUUGCUCGAGUGAUCAUGAUUCUCAUAUUGAACCGAAGUUGGUAAAGAAAAACUGCUAUCUCGAUAUGGAAGAAGAUGAUUAUUGCACGAGCAACCCAGACAUGAGUGAUGGAAACCUUGAAGAGAAGGUUUCAAAAUCAAUCAGCAUCUCAGAUAAGAAGAAUUCCAUGAAAAGGCCUCGAAGUUCAGAAAAUGUUAAUAAAGUAGAAAAGAGGUGUGUAAAGGCUAAGAAGAAAGAGAAGUUGGUGUCAAGCAACCUUAACAUUAAGGAAGAAGAAGAAGGUAAUAAUAAUAUUAAUGUUAACGGUGCAAACGGACAAAGCUCUAGCAGUUAUUGCAGCUCGGGAGAUGAAGUACAUGACUCCAUUAAUGGCUCUCAAGAGUUGAGUCCAAAAGAGAAUAGCUCAACUUUCAGUACCGAAGGCAAAGCAAGAGCUAGAAGAGGGUCAGCUACCGAUCCACAAAGCCUUUACGCUCGGAAAAGAAGGGAGAGAAUAAAUGAGAGACUGAGAAUCCUUCAGAAUAUAGUCCCUAAUGGAACAAAGGUAGAUAUUAGCACAAUGCUUGAGGAAGCUGUCCAGUAUGUGAAGUUCUUACAACUCCAAAUUAAGCUUUUGAGUUCUGAUGAUAUGUGGAUGUACGCUCCAAUCGCUUACAAUGGAAUGGAUAUCAGACUUGAUCAUCUCAGACUUGCCAUAUGA